AUGGGCAAAAAACAAACUUAUAAAGGUUUCAAAGGCUCUCUUCUGCAGGAGGCAGUCUUGUCUCAUGUAGUACAACUGCGGGAACCGAAUGGCAUAUAUGAUUACGAAAAAGCCAUUAGUUAUUCUUUUGUCAAUACUUUAGCACUUGUUAUAGAUCCACUAGAUCGUAUAGAGUAUGAUAUAUCCGUCAAAACAGCUGAUGAUAUUGUUGUUUACCUGUGUGACCUGCUCGGAACUGGGGAAGUCGAGAAGAACUUGAGUGGAAUCGACCAGGAGACUUCAACUGAGUUGCUGAUCCGUAUCCGCAAUCUCAGCCGAUUACUGUUUGCUGUGUUCUGCGCCUCCAAAGGAUAUCUUGCCAAUGAUUAUAUCGACUUCGACCUUAUGGAAAACGCUUUGAAAUAUAAUAAGCUUGACAUCACACAAGAAUUGGAUAUCCUGUUAGGAAUGCACCGAAUUCUCGAUUUUCUGAAACUGCCCGAGGUCACAAAAAAUUUCAAUCUAAAGGAAGUUCAAAAGAUGAGCGAGUUGUUGAAGUUACUGAAGACAGAGAACAAUGAAGAGUUACUUAAGGAAAAUAUUGAAUCAGUUUUCAAAAACACUCUCUCCAAGAUUGAGUUCCAUCAACCAGUGGAGGAAGAAGAGAUCUACAAGCUUGUUGUUCAAUCAUGUAAUUCUGAUUUUGGUGCAGUCUUGUACCUCCUGCAAGAACGAAUCGAGCUUCUUUAUGAUUUCAAGAUAGUUGAAAUUUUACUUGAUAGCUUUGGAGUUGUUGCUGCUGGAAAUGAUCUUCGACGGAAAAGAGCAUUUUAUCGGGGCUUGCUAACCAUCAUUGGAAAUAUGAAAAACUAUGAUUUGAACAUGUUGACUGAAAAGUAUAUAAGUAAUACUGACGUUUACGUUCUCAAAUGGAUCAUUUUCAUUAGAGAAGUUGAAAUGUUAGAAGGAAGCGCUUGUCAAAAUUACGAGCCAGUCACGGAUGAAAUCGCACAAGGAAAAUCUAUCGAGACGAUUGUUCCUCACAUAUAUUUAUGGGCAAUUCUUGCACCUAUCGUUCCUAUACCUUCUCACGAAGACUUUUUCAAAAGAAUCGCUCGUACUUUAAUCUCCAACAUACCCGAACAAGCUAAGCUGAAUUUGGUUAAGGCUUUUAACCAAUUGGUACCCAAAUGUCGCCAAACAUUCUUAAAUCCAAACAAUACAAACUAUACAAGCUCUCUGUAUUAUGUUGUGUAUCAUUUGAUCAAGGAGAUGAAACCUGAAGAUUUCAGUAAAAGAGGAUGCCAUGCUAUCAGCAUUCUUCUCGACCGUUUAUGUCCAAUGCGAAUGGUGGAGUUUAUUUUGCCUUUUAUGGACAAUGACAUGCUUCAACGCACCAAAACAGCUAUUUGUGUCCAGUAUCUCCUCAAGAACGAUAAGUUGUUGACAAUGAUCAGACAAGCUGGAGUCACCGACAAGUCCACCGCAAGAGCAGGAAUUCUGAAAAGAUUACUGGAUUUAGCUUUGGGGAGCUAUCAAACUCCUUACGAAUCGAGUAGCUCGGGUCGCUUCCAAUUUAUAAACACCACUUUAUCGUUUUUGAGCUCAGUCUUUGCUAAACAUAUCAGUCCUGAAGAACUUGAAUACUUUAUUUUGAAAAUGGAGAAAACGCAAAUGGAAUGGUAUCAGUUGGUAAUUUUGAAAUACGGCUUUUUCCAAGUUUGGGAAUGUGACCUGCCUAAGCUGGAGUUCAAAGCUGAAAACAUCGAAUCAUAUUCGGAUCUCAUGCAAACAUCUUUCUUCAAACCUUUGUCAUUCUGGAUGGGCGAUUUCAUGAUGGAAAGUUUCUCUUUAUUAUAUAAAAAGUUUUUAACCAGUGUUUGCCCUGUGAUGAUAGCUUGUGCCUUACUCGAACAGCUUCAUGUCGUUCAUAGUAUUGCUCAGUCCUCAGCCGACGCCAUCCAUGGUUUUAUUAAAGAAAUUUGUGUUCUGCCUGAACCAAAUGGAGAAUCGGGAGAACAACCUGAGAAAAGCUCUGAAACGUUGAUGGAGUGUGUGAAAGAAUGUUUGAAUGUUACAUUGGACAAGCUUUGUUUAGAUUUCGGUGAUAACGAGGCUAUCGGCACUAACGGAAAUACUGGGGAAAAAUUCGCUUUUCUAAAUAUCCUGAAAAACCCUGCAGUUCCAGAAGAUAUCAGAUCAACGAUUUCCAAAUUAGCAGAGCAGAAAACCACUUACCAACCAUAUUUAGAGAUUCCAGUUGAGAAACCACCACCUCCCAUGAUUUACUCAAACGAUCGAGAAAAUGAGGGCCCGGUGAUUUACGCUAAGAAUCAAAAACCUGAGAAUGCUGCUGAAGAUCGGAUGGCCAAGAUUAGAGAGGCUUUUUUCUCUACCAACGAGAGAUCAGAAAGACGUGCUGGUCAAGCUCCAUUCUUUUGCCAUGGAUUAGAGUAUAAGUAUGAAGAAAUUAUUUUUAUAAAAAUGGAUCCUGAAGCUGCGACACGUGUGAAAGCUAUGUUCAUAGGUAUCAAAGGUAGUAACAUUUCCAAAUACCGGAUGAAUUUCAAAAUUUCUCUCGAUGUCCCGGAUAACAGUAGAGGAAUGGAGGUCUUCAUAUAUUCCAACGACCAGAGAGUAAUGCGAAAUGCAAGAAAAGAAAUUUAUAGAGAUCUUCAGAGAUUUAAAGAGAAGGUCAUAACGUUGAGACGAAAUCAAAACCGCCAAAAUCGCUAG